CAGAGUGAGGGGAAUGGGGACCCUGGGAGGAGAGGGCACUGCAGGUGGCGCCGGCUGACUGUGCUGGGUCCACACUGGGGGAGACGCUCCCAAGGGUGGCUCCCACCUGGGAGGCAGGUCCUCCUCCUUCAGGACUCCCUGGAACCCCUGUACAUGCUGGAGCGAGGGCCCAGCAGGGCUAGGGUGUGGUCUGAGCGCCCUUCCUUGCCCCCUUGUCCAGCCCCGCCGCCGCCAUGGCGUUCCGCACCCAGCUCAUGCUGCUCCUUUGGAAGAACCUGGUAUACCGCCGGAGGCAGCCGGUCCACCUCCUGGUUGAGCUGCUGUGGCCACUCUUUCUCUUUUUCAUCCUGGUGGCAGUGCGUCACUCGCACCCCCCGCUGGAGCACCAUGAGUGCCACUUUGCCAACAAGCCAUUGCCGUCGGCCGGCACCCUGCCCUGGCUGCAGGGCCUCCUGUGCACCGUGAACAACACCUGCUUUCCGCAGCCGACGCCCGGCGAGCAGCCCGGCCGCCUGGACAACUUCCAGGAUUCCCUGGUCUCCCGGCUGCUGGCCGAUGUCCAGGUGGUGUUGGGGGGCCCCAGUGCCCGCCGGACGCUGGCUGCCCUGGGGAAGCUAGCUCCGCUGCUCAGGGCCGCUGGCCUGACAGCCAGGCCACGGGAUUCCCUUCCACCGGCCACUCAGCUGCUGCAGACGCUGCUACGAGGGGAUCCCCUGGGCUCCAGGAUGGGCCCAGCACAGGAGGCUGUGGGCAGCUUGCUGGAGGCCUCCGAGGGCCUGGCCCAGGAGCUCCGGGCGCUGCCCAGCCUGGCUGAGCUGCGGGCGCUGCUGCAGAUGCCCCGGACCCCCAGGGACCCCCUGGAGCUGCUGUGGGGUACCUUCUGCAGCGCUGGGGGGCCCAGCAGCCCCGGGGGCCUCUCUCUCAACUGGUACGAAGCUGCAGACCUGAAGGAGCUGGUGGGGUCUGAGCCGAUGCCCUCGCUGCCCCUCAGCAGCCUGAGCCCCGCAUGCCUGGAGCUGCUGGGGGACCUGGAGCGGCAGCCGCUGUCCCGCCUGCUCUGGCGCCUGCUGAAGCCGCUGGUUCAGGGGAGGCUGCUGUUCGCGCCGGACACAAACUUCACCCGGCAGCUCAUGGCGCAGGUGAACCAGACCUUCCAAGAGCUGGCCGUGCUGCAGGACCUGCGGCAGGUGUGGGCAGCGCUGAGCCCGCAAGUCUUCACCUUCCUCAAUGACAGCAAUAACAUGGAGCUGCUGCAGCAGCUCCUGCAAAGGCGGGGCCAGAGCAGUCAGUCCAAGCAGGCAGAGGCCCUCAGAGCCUUCUUGGACCCCAGCCGGGGUGGCUACAGCUGGCGGGAGGCUCAUGCAGACCUAGACCGCCUGGUGGGCACACUGGGCCACGUGAUGGAGUGCGUGUCCCUGGACAGGCUGGAGGCCUUACCCUCCGAGGCAGCGCUGGUGUCCCGGGCGCUGCAGCUGCUGCCGGAGCACCGCUUCUGGGCUGGCAUCGUCUUCCUGGGACCCGAGGAUGCCCUGGACCCCACUGAGCUGCCCAAGGCACAUGUGGGGCCUGGCCACGUGCGCUUCAAGAUCCGCAUGGACAUCGAUGAUGUGACAAGGACCAAUAAGAUCCGAGAUAGGUUCUGGGACCCCGGGCCGGCGGCAGACCCCCUGGCCGACCUGCGCUACGUCUGGGGCGGCUUCGUGUACCUGCAGGACCUGGUGGAGCGCGCGGCCGUCCGCGUGCUCAGCGGUUCCGAGCCCCGCGCCGGCUUGUACCUGCAGCAGAUGCCCUACCCGUGUUAUGUGGACGACGUGUUCCUGCGUGUGCUGAGCCGCUCGCUGCCGCUGUUCUUGACGCUCGCCUGGAUCUACUCGGUGGCACUGACCGUGAAGGCCGUGGUGCGCGAGAAGGAGACACGGCUCCGUGACACCAUGCGUGCCAUGGGGCUGGGGCGCGCCGUGCUCUGGCUCGGCUGGUUCCUCAGCUGCCUUGGGCCUUUCCUGCUCAGCGCCGCGCUGCUUGUGCUGGUGCUCAAGCUGGGGGACAUCCUCCCCUACAGCCACCCAGCCGUGGUCUUCGUGUUCCUGGCAGCCUUUGCCGUGGCCACAGUGAUUCAGAGCUUCCUGCUGAGCGCCUGUUUUUCCAAGGCCAACCUGGCAGCCGCCUGCGGAGGCCUCGUCUACUUCACCCUCUACCUGCCCUAUGUACUGUGCGUGGCCUGGCGCGACCAGCUGCCUGUGGGCGGCCGCGUGGCCGCGAGCCUGCUGUCGCCCGUGGCCUUCGGCUUUGGCUGCGAGAGCCUGGCGCUGCUGGAGGAGCAGGGCGAAGGCGCACAGUGGCACAACCUGGGCACGGGACCGGCAGGCGACGUCUUCAGCCUGGCCCAGGUCUCCGGCCUGCUGCUGCUAGACGCAGUCCUCUAUGGCCUGGCCACCUGGUACCUGGAGGCCGUGUGCCCAGGCCAGUACGGGAUCCCUGAGCCCUGGAACUUUCCCUUCCGAAGGAGCUACUGGUGCGGGCCAGGACCCCCCAAGGACCCUGCCCCGCCCCCCACCCAAGCAGAUCCCAAAGUGUUGGUGGAGGCAGCCCCACCCGGCCUGAGUCUGGGGGUCUCUGUGCGGGGGCUGGAGAAGCGCUUUCCCAGCAGCCCCCAGCCAGCACUGCGAGGCCUCAGCCUGGAUUUCUAUGAGGGUCACAUCACCGCCUUCCUGGGCCACAACGGGGCUGGCAAGACAACCACGCUGUCCAUCCUGACGGGCCUCUUUCCGCCCAGCGCGGGCUCCGCCUUCGUCCUGGGCCAUGACGUGCGCAGCAACAUGGAGGCGGUGCGGCCCCAGCUGGGUGUGUGUCCACAGUACAACGUGCUCUUUGACCUGCUGACUGUGGAUGAGCACGUGUGGUUCUACGGGCGGCUCAAGGGGCUGAGCGUGGAGGCUGUGGGCCCCGAGCAGGAACGGCUGCUUCGCGACGUGGGACUGCUCCCCAAGAGGGCAGCACAGACCCGGCACCUCUCAGGAGGGAUGCAGAGGAAGCUGUCGGUGGCCAUUGCCUUUGUGGGCGGCUCCCGCGUGGUCAUCCUGGACGAGCCCACAGCCGGCGUGGACCCUGCUUCCCGCCGUGGCAUUUGGGAACUGCUGCUCAAGUACCGGGAAGGCCGGACGCUGAUCCUCUCCACACACCACCUGGAUGAGGCAGAGCUCCUGGGAGACCGAGUGGCUGUGGUGGCCGGCGGCCGCUUAUGUUGCUACGGGUCCCCCCUCUUCCUGCGGCGCCACUUGGGCUCCGGUUAUUAUCUGACUCUGGCAAAGAGGCCGCCAUCCCUGUCCACCCCUAAGAAGGGUGAUGCUGAGAUGCCAGACGGGCCCGAUGUAAGGCAGGAACAGGAGCCUGGUGGCCAAGGACGAACAGCUGGUGUAGCCCAGCUCCUGGCCUUGGUGAGAUGCUCGGUGCCCGGCGCCCAGCUGGUGGAGGAGCUGCCCCAUGAGGUGGUACUGGCGCUGCCCUACACAGGUGCCCACGAUGGCAGCUUUGUCCAGCUCUUUCGGGAUUUGGACAGGCGGCUCUGUGAGCUGGGCCUCAGCGGCUACGGGAUCUCCGACACCAGCCUGGAGGAGAUCUUCCUGAAGGUGGUGGAGGAGCACCGAAUGGAUGCAGGACCUGAGGAUGCUGUAGAUGGCCAUGCCAGAGGACGCCCAGGACUCAAGAUUCUGCCGGAGGAACCAGCCCUGGAGGAUGGGGAGGCAGCCCUGCUCGGUGCUGGGCCGGGCGCAGCAGGCCGAGUCCAGGGCUGGACGCUGACCGCCCAGCAGCUCCGGGCCCUGCUGCUUAAGCGCUUCCUGCUGGCCCGCCGCAGCCGCCGGGGGCUCUUUGCCCAGAUGGUGCUGCCUGCACUCUUUGUGGGCCUGGCACUGGUCUUUAGCCGCAUCGUGCCACCCACGGGCCUCUACCCGGCCUUGCGCCUCAGCCCUGCCUUGUACGGCCAACAGGUCUCCUUCUUCAGUGAGGAUGCGCCGGGAGACCCUGACCGUGCCCGCCUGCUGGAGAUGUUGCUGGCCGAGGCUGGGCUGGGCAGCCAGGGCUUACCUCACAACGGCUCGCUCAAGCCAUCACAGUGCGCGUCACCCAGUGCUUGCCAGUUCCUGCCGCCGGAGGUUCCUGCCGCUGUGGCCGAGACCUUGGCCAGUGGCAACUGGACCCCAGAGGCUCCGUCUCCGGCCUGCCAGUGCAGCCAGCCUGGUGCCCGACGCCUACUGCCUGACUGCCCAGCCGCGGCUGGUGGCCCCCCGCCCCCGCAGGCGGUGGGCAGCUGGGGGGAGGUGGUGCAGAACCUGACGGGCCGUGACCUGGCUGACUUCCUGGUCAAGACGUACCCACGCCUGGUGCGCAAGGGCCUCAAGACGAAGAAGUGGGUGGACGAGGUCAGGUAUGGGGGCUUCUCGCUGGGGGGCCGAGACCCCAGUCUGCCCUCGGGGCGCCAGGUGAGCCACUCACUGGAGGAGCUGCGGGCACUGCUGAGCCCCACACCUGGCGACGCCCUGGACCAUGUCCUUGGCAACCUCUCAGCGUGGGCACGCAGCCUAGAUGCUUGGCACGGUGUCAAGGUGUGGUUCAACAACAAAGGCUGGCAUGCCAUGGUGGCCUUCGUCAAUCGAGCCAACAACGCGCUGCUCCAGGCCCGCCUGCCACCCGGCAGUGCCCACCAAGCCCACAGCAUCACCACGCUCAACCACCCACUGAACCUCACCAAGGAGCAGCUGUCUGAGGCGGCACUGAUGGCCUCCUCAGUGGACGUGCUGGUCUCCAUCUGUGUGGUCUUCGCCAUGUCCUUUGUCCCGGCCAGCUUCACCCUGGUCCUCAUCGAGGAGAGGGUCACACAGGCCAAACACCUGCAGCUCCUGGGAGGGUUGACCCCAACCCUCUACUGGCUGGGCAGCUUCCUCUGGGACCUGUGUAACUACCUGGUACCUGCCUGCAUCGUGGUACUCAUCUUCCUGGGGUUCCAGCAGAAGGCAUACGUGGCUCCAGACAAUCUGCCUGCUCUCCUGCUGCUGCUCUUGCUUUAUGGCUGGUCCAUCACUCCGCUCAUGUACCCAGCCUCCUUCUUCUUCUCCGUGCCCAGCACGGCCUACGUGGUGCUCACCUGCAUUAACCUUUUUGUGGGUAUCAAUGGCAGCAUGGCCACCUUUGUGCUGGAACUCUUCUCUGACAAGAAGCUGCAAGAGGCAAGCCGGGUGUUGAAACGCGUCUUCCUCAUCUUCCCUCACUUCUGCCUGGGCCGCGGGCUCAUCGACAUGGUACGGAACCAGGCCUUGGCAGAUGCCUUCCAGCGCUUGGGAGACCAGCAGUUCCAGUCCCCACUGCGCUGGGAGGUGGUCGGCAAGAACCUGCUGGCCAUGGCACUACAGGGACCCAUCUUCCUGCUCUUUACACUCCUAUUACAGCACCGCAGCCGCCUCCUGCCUCGGCAGGGGAUGAGACCACUGCCGUCACUGGGGGAUGAGGACAAAGACGUGGCCCGGGAGCGAGAGCGGGUGUCCCGGAGGGACACUCAGGGUGAUGUGUUGGUGCUGAGGGACCUGACCAAGGUAUACCGGGGGCAGAGGGUGCCUGCGGUUGACCGGCUGUGCCUGGGGAUCCCUGCUGGCGAAUGCUUCGGGCUGCUCGGCGUGAACGGAGCAGGGAAGACGUCCACGUUCCGCAUGCUGACCGGGGACACACUGCCCAGCGCGGGUGAAGCGGUGCUGGCAGGCCACAGCGUGGCCCUGGAACCCGAGGCUGCACACCGCUGCAUGGGGUACUGCCCGCAGUCGGACGCCAUCUUUGAGCUGCUGACGGGCCGCGAACACCUGGAGCUGUUUGCGCGCCUGCGCGGUGUCCCCGAGGCUCAGGUAGCUCAGACGGCCCGCUCCGGCCUGGCGCGCCUCGGGCUCAGCGCAUACUCGGACCGGCCGGCGGGCACCUACAGCGGGGGCAACAAGCGGAAGCUGGCGACGGCCGUGGCGCUCGUCGGGGACCCCGCCGUGGUCUUCCUGGACGAGCCCACCACGGGCAUGGACCCGCACGCGCGCCGCUUCCUCUGGGACAGCCUCCUGGCUGUGGUGCGGGAAGGCCGCUCCGUGGUGCUCACCUCGCACAGCAUGGAGGAGUGCGAGGCCCUGUGCACGCGCCUGGCCAUCCUGGUGAACGGGCGGUUCCGCUGCCUGGGCAGCGCGCAGCACCUCAAGAGCAGAUUCGGGGCAGGACAUAUGCUGACCCUUCGGGUACCGGCGGAACAGCACGCGCGGGCGGUGUCCUUCGUGGAAGCUGCGUUUCCAGGCGCCGAGCUGCGCGAGGCCCACGGCGGCCGGCUGCGCUUCCAGCUGCCGCCGGGAGCGCGCUGCGCCCUGGCGCACGUUUUCGAGGAGCUGGCGGCGCACGGCGCGGAGCACGGAGUGGAGGACUUCUCCGUCAGCCAGACCACGCUGGAGGAGGUAUUCCUGCACUUCUCCAAGGACCAGGGCAGGGAGGAAGAGGAGGACGCGCAGGACGACACGGAAGCACACUGUGUUCAGCGCCCCAAGCGCAUCAGCAGGUUCCUGGAGGAUCCCAGCAUGGCAGAGACCAUGCUCUGAGCCUUCCCCUCGGGCGGGCCUCUGCGGGGACACAGGGGGGAGCGGGCCCCAGCUCGGAGAAGCCUCGCUGCCUGAGGAAAUAAAGCAAAUGCUGUUGUG